UCAAACAGACAUUUGUUAUCAGCCGUGCUGUUAAGAUUCCGGCCGCUAACUUUGCUGACUUGUGCACUUUCUCCAAGAACCAUGGAGCCAAAAGUAAAUUUGAAACAGGAUCCAGCAUUCCAAAAACUUCAGCAACAUUAUAAUGCAAACGCCGAUAAAAUAAAUAUCCAGCAGUUAUUCCAACAGGACUCGGAUCGCUUCAAUAAGUUCAGCCUUCGUAUCCCCACACCAAAUGACGGAGAGAUUCUUCUUGAUUACUCCAAGAACCGUGUCGAUGAUGCAACACUUGCAUUACUCCUCGACCUGGCCAAGAGUCGACAUGUGGAGCAAGCAAGAGAUGCUAUGUUUAAUGGUGAGAAGAUAAACUUCACGGAAGACCGUGCCGUCCUCCACGUGGCUCUACGCAAUCGUCAGAACCGCCCCAUUCUGGUGAACGGGAAGGACGUGACUCCGGAGGUCAAUGCGGUGCUGGAACAUAUGAAGGAGUUCUCUGGGCAGGUCGUCAGCGGCCAGUGGAAGGGUUACACCGGCAAGCCGAUCACUGACGUCGUUAACAUUGGCAUCGGGGGCUCGGACCUGGGGCCCCUAAUGGUCACGGAGGCUCUCAAGCCAUACGCCAACCAUCUCAAGGUUCACUUCGUAUCCAACAUCGAUGGCACUCACCUGGCCGAGGUCCUCAAGAGGCUGAACCCAGAGACUGCCCUCUUCAUCAUCGCCUCCAAAACCUUCACCACUCAGGAGACCAUCACCAACGCCACGUCGGCCAAGAACUGGUUCCUGGAGGCCGCUAAAGAUCCAUCAUCAGUGGCCAAGCAUUUCGUAGCGCUGUCAACCAACGCCGAGAAGGUGACCGCUUUUGGAAUCGACGCUAAGAACAUGUUCGGUUUCUGGGACUGGGUUGGGGGGAGGUACUCCCUAUGGUCGGCCAUUGGUCUCUCAAUAUCACUGUACAUAGGGUACGAUAAUUUCGAGAAACUUCUAGAAGGAGCUAGUUUCAUGGACCAGCACUUCACUACCGCUCCUUUGGAAAAAAAUGCUCCCGUCUUAUUAGCGCUUCUUGGUGUGUGGUACUCCAAUUUCUACGGGGCGGAGACGCAUGCGCUGUUACCUUAUGACCAGUAUUUACAUAGGUUCGCCGCGUACUUCCAACAAGGGGACAUGGAGAGCAACGGAAAGUAUGUGACCCGUUCCGGGGCGCAAGUGGAUUACAGCACCGGGCCCAUAGUGUGGGGCGAGCCCGGGACGAACGGGCAACACGCCUUCUACCAACUCAUACAUCAAGGGACGAGAUUGAUCCCGUGCGAUUUCAUUGCGCCCGCGCAGACCCACAACCCGAUCUCGAACGGCGUCCACCACAAGAUCCUGCUCGCUAACUUUUUGGCGCAAACUGAGGCGUUAAUGAAAGGGAAAACUAGUGAGGAGGCUAAAGCCGAGCUAGAGAAGUCAGGCAUGGCCCCCGAGGCGGUCGCCAAGAUCCUCCCCCACAAGGUUUUCAAAGGAAACCGCCCCACCAAUUCGAUCGUCGUAAAGAAGGUCACGCCAUUCACCUUGGGGGCUCUCAUUGCAAUGUACGAACAUAAGAUCUUCACCCAAGGCGUGAUCUGGGACAUCAACUCCUUCGACCAAUGGGGCGUGGAACUCGGCAAACAGCUGGCCAAAGCUAUAGAACCAGAAUUACAGGACAAUAACCCAGUUUCCAGCCAUGACGCGUCUACAAACGGCCUUAUUAACUUUUUAAAGGCUAACUUUUAGGCUGCAUAUCAUCGCUUUCCUUCAUCUAUCAGUAUAAAAAUAUGUAUUCUUAAAAGUAGCACAAUUUGUGUUCCAUUUUAGAAUAAUUUUGAAGUUGUGUUCGACUUUCGAAUAAUUUCUAAACAAAAAACAUCUGGCUGCUUUAGUACGUAAGAUUAUUUUUUUAAUUUUAAGAUCAAUGCUUUCGCCCUUUAUGCUUUAUUUUAGUCUGAUAUUUAUGCAUACAAUUAACUUACAUAUAAAUUGCAAAAAAUGUGUAAUUCAUAAGCUAUGUAUUGUACUUAGUUGCUUGAAUAGCAGUAGCGCUCUCUAGGAAGUGAAUGUCUUACGCUUGUUAAUAACAUUAUCACGUCAUGUUGAAUCUAUAAAAUAUUUUUCAAUGUUAAAAUCGAUGAUAUUACAAAUGUAUUUUUAAUAAGAUUUUAACAUAGAUAUGUACCGCAACGACUUUGGAUUUUAUAUUUUUAAAAUUGUAUUCAUAUUUAUUUUUUUUCAAGUCGGUUAUAAAUUAUUAAUGUUAUUAUGAAAAUUUAUUUUGAUUAUGUAGUUGAUUUUAUAAUACAUUUAACUUUACUACUAUCAAUGUAAAAAGUUCUGGUUAUAUGGUAUAAUGAUUGAUUUAUUAUGAUGUUCUUUAAUUAAAAAUGAAAGUUCACAUUAUAAAAAUAAGUAAAGGUUUAUGUCUGUGGUUUUUAUGUAGAGAUUUUAUGUAAUGUUUACUAGAAUAUGUCCAAUGUUUAUAGAUGAUAUUAUUUCGUACAAAAAUAAAAUUAAUUUAUCGUU